CUCGUUCGCUCCCCGGUGCCUGCCCCGCAUCGAGGAAUCCGUCACUCUCCAGCCCCUGUUGUCCCCAAGAAAAACAUUGAGCUUCCGACACUGGCCGUGAUAAUGGACGUGAGGCCUUUCACCCUGCGCAUCGGCCUGUCGCUGCAGCUGCUGGCCUUCCUCCUGUUCAAUACCAUCGUCUGGCCGCUGCGAGGCCACAAAUUCAUCCAAGGACUCUCCGCGUUCGUCCAGAAGAGCUACAGCUCCAGGCAUGGGCGCAUGGACAAGAAAACACAAGAGAUCACGUCAACGCAUAGAUCUCAGCAUCCCUCCGCCGCUUCUUUGCACUGUGCUUGUCAGCGACUUCACCGAUGCCGUGGAGGAAGCCGUGGAGCGCGCCGUCGGUAACUUCAGUCACACACAUGGCAGGCAAAGGGAUGCAUUCGACAUCUCAUUUCUGUGUAAAACGAUGCAGAUCUUCGCGCUCCGGUGUUGGUGAUAUUGUUGGUCAUGUUGGGUGGAGCCAUCUUCCUGGCGGCCUUCCAAGCCUACCUGCACACCGGAGAGAAAGCCAACAAGGGCAUGGCAGCGGUGCGGAUGAAUCAGUGAUGGUGCAUGACACCGCUUUGCUGCUGCUGUAUGUGUGAUGGUGUAUUUGAUGUGCAGGGCGGCAAACUGCUUGGCUAUGCCGUCACGCUGGACCUGCUCGCAACGACCGGUGCCUUGGUGUUCUGGGGCACCAUCGUGAAGUUCGCCGGCGGCGAGGCGGAUAAGGAGCUGAUGCAGCUAUUUCUCUCAAGCGGGGAGGUGUACACCGCCUACUUCACUGCAUUUGUGAGCGGGCGAAUGAGCGAACACAUACAUAUGUUGGUUGGUCUUCCUCUGCGGCUGUGCGUGUGAUAUGUUCAGGUGAUUCGGUCGGUCUCGGUCAUCAUAUAUGGGGUGUCGUUCUUCCUUCUCGAGUGGAACUGCCCCGACACCACCGGUAUGCCCCUCGCAUGGACCAUCGCUACGUGCUACAAGCUGGCCGGCGUCUGUGGUCUCAUCAAUGCCAUGCUGCCACUUCUGUCGGCAUCCUUCGGCCUCUACAUGGCCAUGCUGGUACGAGAAAAGUCGUGAUAGCAACAACAAUGGAUGUUGUGGCUCAAUAUUUCACACAGGCCCUGUACGGUCUGGGGCUGCUGGUGGCUACGCUGUGGUCGUACCUUUAUGAACCGUCACUCAUCAUCCCCAAGUUCAAGGGCGACGACAUGCUGGUGGAAAACACGACGACCAGCACCAUGAUGAUGACCCCCAUGCCGAUAGUCGGAUAGACUUGUUUAGAGAAGGGCGGGAAGGCGGGGCUGUGCGAAAGGCAUGGGUGGCGGUAGUUUCUCAAACAUGGAUGGCCCUCUUUGAUUCCCUUUGUACAGUUUGGUCCAUGGACACAGUUUUUAGAUGCCUGCAAGAAAAGAGUGGGGUGACAAAUCAGUCAAAUGGACGCACAUUGAAGUCUCAUAGCAUCCCC